AUGACUUAUCAGCGGUGCAUCUCCGUCACUUUGCUGGUUGUCGGAGCUUGGUGCGGGUUCAGCAGUGGUGACGUGGGGGACUUCAGUCCUUGUUUGAAGUUCUUUUACCAAGGCUGGCCGCCAAAAGGUAUUGCAGGAACCCCAAUCUGCCAAAGGUACGAGAACCAGUAUCGGUUUGCCACCUUGUACGGUCGCUCGCGUCGCUCACCUUGGUUCUCCGCCUAUGUAUUUUCUCGACCGGAAGGAAAGCGACCGAGAGGACACUGGAAGUAUGAGCCACAGCUGGCAUACCCCACAGCCGGUGGCAACAUGGCCUAUUUCCCUAAAAGCAAACUGGACCCCAACGUGGCGGAAAGCCAGGCAGUGCCACAAGACUACUCCAACUCCAGCUACACUCGCGGGCACCUCAACCCCAGCCUUCACCACCAGGAUAGGACCGACCGAAAGGCCACCUUCACCCUGACCAACGUGGCACCGCAGAGGGAGGGUUCCAACGAUGGCCCCUGGGCGACUUUUGAGAGUCAGGUUAACAAGACCCUGUCCGAGUACUGCAAGGGGGUCGCCUACGUGGUCACGGGUGUGAUUCCCUACCUGAAGGAGCGCUGGAUUAAACAGAGGCGCGUGGCCAUACCGGAGUAUUACUGGUCGGCUUACUGUUGCCCCAGUUACAGCCAGAGCCUUCCAGAGAGCCUGAGUAAAAGGUUUCCCACGUUAGCUGCCAUCGGGAGGAACGACCCGAACAGCACAGAGGAGAUCGUGCCGGUGGACCGGAGCAAGAAGAAGCCUUUUCUCGGCUAUGACGUGCGGCCCAUGUCCCUACAGACGCUGGAAAUGUACCUAACAAAGAGAUACGGCACCAACUUCAGUGUGUUCUAUGAGCAGUGCUCUGGGUCAUGACCAUAGAGUUUAACACAGAGAGAG